AUGAAAGGUGCAAAAGUAGUUGACUUAAAAGUGUGUGGUGUUUGUGGUGACAAGGCGUUAGGGUACAAUUUUAACGCAAUAACAUGUGAGAGUUGUAAAGCAUUUUUCAGACGCAAUGCUCUCCUUCAAAAACCAUUAAAAUGCCCAUUCAACAAUCAAUGUGAUAUUACAACUUUAACUAGAAGAUUUUGUCAGAAAUGUAGACUGGAUAAGUGUUUAUCAAUAGGUAUGUGCAAGGAUUUGAUAAUGUCAGAACAAGAUAAGGUAGCAAAAAGACAGAAAAUUGAAGAAAACCGUGCCAAAAGAGAGAAUAUGGGGAAACAGAAACAAAAUUUUAAAAGGUUAAAAAGGGAGUAUGUAGAACCGGAUUCACAAAGUUUUGAAAAUCAAUCAAAUACAGAUUCUGAUUCGAAUUAUACAAGUGCUGUAACAUCACCAGCACAGGUUGCGAGUGAUUAUACUAAUUUAUCAAUAGAUUCUUUAGAAGACAGUGCAUCACCAACUGAUAGGUAUAAUUCUUCUUCCGACGACUGCACGAAUUCAAAUAAUAACAUACUGGAACCUAAAAAGGAAGAACCCGUCUCUCAGUCGAAAUUAACCGAUACUAGUUGCUCCAACAGCAAUAUCUCCAGCUCAAUACAACGUACUAAUUUUACGAGUGAUAUAAGUAAUAAUAAUAGCCCUGACAGUUGUGAUACCAGCGUUGAUAUAUCUCAAGUCAUACACGACGUCCAUAGUGUUCGAUCGGAGGAUAAUAAUCCAAUAGAAUCAGUUCUGUGCGAAGCGAUAAAACUAGAAUUCCAAGCUUUUUCCUCGAUACCGCAGAGUCCUUCCAAUUCCCGAGAGUUAAACGACGCAGAAAGGGCGAAACUCAACGAACUCAUAGUCGCCAAUAAAGCCUUCUUGAUGCCGAUCGACGAAGAAUUCGAAAACUUGGCCGGUUUGAACAAAUUUGAAAAUUCUCGACACAAGAUGGACACAACUGCCUUACUCGACGUUAUCAAUCUGACGACAAUCUAUGUUAGAAGGUUAAUAAAAAUGGCGAAGAAAAUCGGAGCGUUCCGAAAUAUGUGUCAAGAAGACCAAGUCGCGUUGUUGAAAGGAGGGUGUACGGAAGUGAUGAUGGUCAAAAGUGCAAUAUACUAUGAUACUAAAAUACAAAGUUGGGAGAUUCCACACACGAGCGAAAAAUUCAUGGUAAAUUCAAAAAUACUCAAGCUAAUCAAUAAAGGCAACGUCUACAACGAACACGAAACGUUUAUUAAAACGUUUAGUCCUCUUUGGAAAGGCGAUGAAAAUAUAAUUCUAAUACUAUGUAUGAUUCUUUUGUUUUCGCCAGACAGGCCGAAGGUUGUACACCAGGACGUGAUAAAACUAGAACAGAAUGCCUAUUACUACCUUCUGCGAAGGUACCUUGAAAGCAUCUAUCCCGGAUGCGAAGCCAAAUCAGUUUUCUUGAAACUGAUGCAAAAACUUGGGGACGUCAGAAGAGUCAACGAGGAACUCAUCAGCGUCUACUUGAAUAUCAAUCCUACAGACGUAGAACCGCUAUUGAUUGAAAUAUUUGAUUUGCAUCGUUAGCAAAAAUAUUAUACUAGGUAGCAUUUUUCUUGCUAGAAGUCGAGAUAUUGUUUCAUGUAACUGAAACGGUGAGAAUCAUUCCUUUAAACGAAUUAGUCUAUUAGUUUUGUCAUGUCGAUGACGUUUAAAGCGAUAAGAAGAAAGAGGGUUUACGUAGAAUGCUAGUCAUUUGGAGGACUUCGCCUUUAAAAUUUCGUGAGGUCCACAUACUUCUCGGUGAAGUUGCGAAAGAGAUAAAAUAUCUAAUUUGGCCACCCUUGAUAUUCAAAUAAAAUUUCCAUUUGUGCCAUUUUAAUCUAUAUUUAUAUCGUUGGAUCCUUUUUCCUUUCAGGGAUCAAAAUUACCUACACAAAUUAUGUAGAACUACAUUUGAAACAUUUCAGAAACAAAAAGAAUUUCUGUCUAAAAGGAUCCAAAAAGUCUUAUUUAAUUAAUCCAAUAACGUGGAAAUCAAUUCACAACAAUGGUGUAAAAUGAAUUAUACAUGACACUAAUACAUUUGUGUCAGUGCCAUCUAUAUCUCAGAUCGAUAUUUCAACUUGUCCUAUAGACAAGGGCGGAUAUGUUUUAAGGUGGAUGUGAGAGGUGGCAUUCGGAACAUAAAUAAGUAUUAUGAGAGAUGUAAGGAAUUGAAAGCUACCUUGGUUUAUGGGCCUUGCAAUCCUCGACUUCUCGACAAACCAUUGUUUUUUCUUUUAAGUACAAGGAAAAUUUUUAAAAAAAUGAAAACAUCCUGUUUAUGUUCACUCCAUUGAGUGGGGUGAAUAGAAACCGACACUGUUUUCCAAUUAUAUUUCAACUGCAGUCAGCACUGUCAUGGGGUGAAAAGAAACAACACUUAUUUUGAUAAAAAAAAUUAUGUAAUGUAAAUAUCAAAUUAUAAAUGACCAAAUAUAAAUUUACAAAUGACAAAAUGAAUCAUUGCUAGUCAAGUUAAUUUAAUUAAUAGAUGGUAAAGUUACUGAGAUCGUCAAAGAAACUAAUGCUUCUUUUCAUACCAGAGGAGGAAGACUUAGAUGCUUCAACUGGCGGCAUGAGUUUCUUCUUUCAGGAAAAAGCAAUCUUCUUCAGUUGGUAAAAAUGUGUUGUUAGAAAUUGAUUUCUUGUAAAAAAUUCCAACAUAACCAUUGUCUUCAAGGCGAGAGAUUUUGCUAAUGUAUAUUCGAAACACAUUUUUAGUUUUCCCAUAUACCUUCCCAAUUGCAAAGUCAUCAACCUGGAGGUUACUGUCAACUUGUUCACCAUAGUUUGCCAGAUCAGAUUCUUCGGGGUCAGAUAGAAUAAAUUCUGCAUCACUAUCUUGGAGAGAGUACUCUUGACUCUUCUUGAGAUGAGGAAUUAACGUUUUUAUGUUUUUUACUUUUCCAUAUUGGUUUUUUGACCUACUUGUUAUUUUAUUUUAGACAUACUAGAACUCCCAUUGCCAGUGCUUGUACUAGCACCACCGGUAGGUUCGACCUGAACUGGAUCUUCUGGAAUUGGAACAUUUGCCACACAAACACUUUUUCUAGGCUCAAGAGAAACUUUCAUACGUUUUUUACGAGGUGCAGUUGCUUCUGAUUGUCUGAGAGCUUUCAGGAAUUCCUUGAAAGUGUCGUCAAUAAUUGCUGUGGCUCCUGAAUCAUCUAUAGAUGGUAUCAUCUUUAGUACUUGAUUGCAACAAAGAUGCACAAUACCACAAUUUCUAAAACCAGCAAUUAUGUUCUCUGAUUUACACAAUUCACAUAGUUUUUUAGUAAACUAGGGAACUUCUCUGUUGUAUAGUAGUUCCAUAUCUGCCAGGCAGCGGCGCACCCAGAGGGGGUUUUGGGGGUUAAACUAUUUUGACACUGUUACUCACAAAUUUUAAGGCUUUAAAAUGGAGGUAGCAUAAAAAAAAUUUCGGUGUCCAAUCAAAACCCCUACCACAUGAAAAUUCUAGGUGCGCUACUGCUGCCAGGUCCUUUUUUCUAUCAGCAACAAUUGCCCACCUUGCAAUUUUCAUUUGCCAAAAGAAUACUAUAUCUAACGGCUGUGUUAGAUGCGUCGAGUUUGUUGGUAGAAAUAUGAAAUGAACAUUGUUCUCUGAACAUGUUUGUAUGAUAUCAUGUUACAGGUGGCUAGCAAAUUUGUCUCCGAUUAAGUGUUUUUUACCGUCAUAUCGUCUAAACAAUGGAAGUAUGAUGGUUUCGAUAUAAUCUGAAAAACAGAAGUUGCCAAACCAACCACUUUUGGUCCUGACUCCUCAGGACCGCCCUCUCUUCAACUUUCAUACAUAGAGCUCUAUAAACUACAUAAGGGGGCAAAAUUUGACCAUCAGCAGUAGCAGAAAACAUCACUGAGAUGGAGUUUUUAGUAGAAUUCGUCUAACUAUUAUUUAACUUCUGCCCGGAUCAUCAGAUAAUUAAGUUAGUUUCGUCAUAAUUGAUUAUAUUCAAUGGAGGAAUGUUAACCAGUUUUACUCCAAGUCUGUCAACGUUUUCAUUAAUUGUUUUCGGAGAUAUGGCUGCUCUGGCUCGUUUUAUGUUAUGGCAUAAUUGGAAUGACAAGCUAGCCUGGUGCCUUUUUAAGAAAGAGUAGGCAAACUCCCGACAAGGUAAUUUUUUUUUUAAUCGCUUUAUGGUCCUUCCUUCGCGAUCAAGAAAAUCGUUAAUUAAAAGUCUCAGUGUAAACGACUCAAUGGGAUAGCCCCAUUAACUGCAAAUAAUUUGGCAACUCACCAAAGUUUUUUCCUCCUCUUCAGUCAAAGUAGUUUGUCUCUCCCUCUUUUUUAGAUGAUCACCCUUUCUGAAAUGUCUAUAAAGAACACUACAGCUGAUGCUAUAUUUACUCUGCUUUUCUGAGGCUGAGACCAUUGAAUAUCUCUACUACAGCUUUCUGAAGAAAUUCUGAAUCUUGUAUUUUCUUUGGUUUCACAGGUUUGUAAUUCCUUGGCAUGCUGAAAGUAAAGAAACACUAAAGAAAUAGUACAAAUCAAGAACAUAACAUGAUAGGAUAUGGAUAUGAUACUUACAUGUAAAGUUUAGAAGAUGAAGAGAUAUCUGCUUAAAACAAAACGUGUUAUUCUUGCAAUAAAUCUGACUCUCAAUGCUGCCAACCACAUAAACUUUUUUUUUCCUUCAAAUUUAGAGUGUUAUCAACUUGCAACCAGAAAUUUACCACUUUACCAUUACUUUUGUGUUACCACUGAAAUGUGACAUAAAACUAUUUUGGAAGUUUUGUUACUAUUUACCUCAUUUUACAGUAAUAAUUUCUUUAAAAGAAUCAUUUCGAAACACAUUGAAUAAGAAAGGGCUUGUUUCUCCUUCUUUUCAUGUAUUUAUUGCCAUUUUUCUCUUGACUUUGCUCCAAAAUGAAUUUUAAAGUUAUAAGCAAGGAAAAUAGAAAAAAAACUAUGUUCUUAGUAAUUUUUAAAUAUUUUAAUGUUUUUAUUAAUAUUCUCUACCUAUUUGAGAGGGGGGGGUAAGUUAAUUAUUAUCAAACAACUUAUUUUGCAAAAAUCCGAAUGCUGUCUAUCACAUCCAAAUGUAGUUUUUUUCACAGAUCCACACUGGUGUACUAAUACAUACAUCAUACACCAGUAAUCCCCUUGGCCUAAUGAUAUUGAAGGUUAUGUUUUAUGCUAAGACAAUUAGUCCUAAAACGAGUUUAAAUAUAGUGUACAAAAUGUAGAAUACAUGUCCCAGUUGAUAAUGAUUUUGUAUAUAUUUAUGUGUUGAAAGCUUUAAGUUUGUAAUUAUGAAUGUAACAUAUUUUAUAUAAAAUAUAUUUUGUUGAAUUGUU